AAGACUACUUCUCCCAGUGCGCACCGCGCGGCGGGCGGCUGUAAACAAACAGCGCGGAGGGCUGUGGCGCCUGGGGGCCGCGCUGGGGAGUGCUGAGUGCCGGGGCCCCACCGCGGGGGCCGGGGGCACCCAUGGACGACAGCAAGGUUGUUGGAGGCAAAGUAAAGAAGCCAGGCAAGCGAGGUCGUAAACCAGCAAAAAUAGACUUGAAGGCAAAACUUGAAAGAAGUCGUCAGAGUGCAAGAGAGUGCAGAGCCAGGAAAAAGCUGAGGUACCAGUACCUGGAAGAGCUGGUUUCAAGCCGAGAGCGAGCCAUCUGUGCUCUCAGAGAAGAACUCGAAAUGUACAAGCAGUGGUGCAUGGCAAUGGACCAAGGGAAAAUCCCCUCUGAAAUAAAAGCCCUUCUAACUGGAGAGGAGCAGGGCAAAGCACAGCAGAACUCAACCAAACUUGCCAAGGCUGGGAAGACAGAAGCAAACAGCAGCAAUCCCUGAGCUGAAUGCAGAACCUUCCACACUGCAGCAGAGAUAACUUGGUAGCUAGCAGAAGAAUGCUGUUAUCAGAGAAGUGGAUGCAUCCCUGGGUCCAGGGGGAAGGAUGCCAAUCUGCUGUCUUCUCUUUGCUCCUCCCCACAUGAAACUCUUUGCUUGUGAUGUUCAUAAACUUGCAUGGAGUGGGGCUUCUGGGGUAAUAGGUGUUUCUGUAAGCGAAGCCUUGUUCUUCCUUUCUCUACACCUCCCUCCCCAAAUACAGCUAUGCAGCUUUUGGACAUUCCCAGUAAGAGAUGAGGGCUGCCUUUGUAUUAGAGGUAUGAGCCCAGAAUUAGACUGGCCUUGUGGUCAGUAGUUAUGUGGUUGGUAACCAUUGUGGGAGAGUGAGAGAUUCUGUAACAUAAAAGCAAGAGGAGGAUCCCAUAACAGCUUUGCUAAAGCUAAAUGGAAUAUUAUAGGUCAAGGAAAAGGGGCCUCAUCAAAAGCUUCCAGUAAGAAGAUAAAUAAUAAUGUUACUUGCAACCUAGGUAAAGGUGUUGCUUUCAGCAUCCAUUUAUAAUGCAGCAUGUAUUUUAUGUUAUUGGUGCUCUUGAAGAGGUACUAUGUAUAUGUCCAUACUUCUUACCCUCAGUAAGAUGGUCAGAACAUCUCCCUACACCCUGCUUCUAGCAGUGGAAUAACCGUCACCUAUUCCCACCUGUCAAGCGCUGCUAUUUUUCUGUAUCUACCUAUAGUUUGGGCCCAUGUAUCUUCCUGGGCUGCAAUGUGAUAUGAACUCGGCUGUGCUAGCCUAAUUUCCCAGCUGAAGAUAAUGCCAAGAACUGUUAGCAAGGAAAACAAGUUGCUUCUGCUGGUCUCACCACGAGAGAGACGAUGGCAAAAGUCUUGUGGGCUGGUUCAGGGCACUGACAGAUAACCUGCCACUUUAUUUAUAGUGCACUUUCUUCUGUACAUGCUUUUUGUGUGUGUAUGAUGAAAUGUGGAGAGUGGAGCUCUCAGUUUUUUCAGUGGGGCUUUUGCUUUGCUUAUUCUGUUUGUGACUGUCUUUCUCUGAAUUUUAUGAGAUGCAUGGAAUGUUUUUUAAUCUUAUGUUUUCUUUGUUUCAUAGAAUAAAUAUUAUAAUGAAUGACUUGCUAGACUGAAUGUUGCAUUCUUUUUGUUAAAGUAGUUGUCUGUUUAGAAUUAUCUUAAUUUAGGAUUAGUCAAAAUGACUGAAAAUAAUAAAGUGCCAUAUUUCAGUUUACAGCACACAGUUGUUUUCUGAAUUCCAUUCUGAGAUCUCAUAUUAAUCCUUAAAGCAUGGUUUUCAGUAUACUUUAGAUCUUCCACACAUGUGCUUAGUUAGCAAUUGCCAGAAGUGUUGCAUAGACAGAGAAAACUGUUUUGAAAGGUUAAGUAACACGGAAGCAGAGAUGGGGAGGAUGAGGUAUGGUUAUUUUUUUCAACCCCCCUUUUUUAAGCUCUGAACUGCAGUUAGUUCUAGAAGACAGCAACAAGGCCAACCCGUAAGUUGAAUGCUUGCCUGUCCCCUUUUUCUGUUCUCUGGAGGAAAGCGUAGUAGGCCAGAUGUCCAGAGCUAUAUUCUGUGAACCUUGCAGUUGGAGUUUGUAACAUGAACGUGCCAGAGGUUUAGUGUGGUUGUUUUGGAUUAGAAUUAGACUUACACAGUACCUCUGAUUUUGUAUAUAAGGUAUGUGUUAUACAUAAACAUACUUCUAAGUAUCUGCCCGAAUGAGGGAUGUAGAAAACUUUCAGAGGAGUUAUGAUACUCAUGACAGGAACAGUUUCAGUCUGUGAUAAAUGCAGCACUGAUGUCAUAAUAAAUAUCAUGCUUUCUCUCUUCCUUCCAGUCUUUUUGUUUCACCUUCUCUGAUACUAUAAAAGAAAUUUCUUGGGUAGUUUUCUUUUAUGGAGGAAAUGGGGAGCUGGAAUUUUCAGAUGUGAUGAGUAACAGUUUUCAUCUGUUUCACAUCCUAGUGGCUUCUGCUUCUGGGCUUAGCCACUAGUUGGCAUUGCAGGGUUGUGUUGGGCAAGCUCUAUGGCACACUUAGUGGCAUCUGUGUUCAAGCAGGUUUUUUGUGCAUCGUGCAGAUGGGACAGGAGGCAUACUACAGCCUGCGUCAUCUUAAACUGCUUACUUGUUUGUCCCGCAAGCCGAAAUAUGCAUGACACAAAGUUAGUGGCUCUAACUGUAGUCUUCCAAUCUGCCCUGGAUGCCGUAAUUCUUAACGAUCUGUAGGAUUCCCAGCAAGAAUCAGUACAUAAAGUUUAAUGCCUUCUGCCACGUGGCAGAUUGUGCAACAUUAUGAAUGUUCUGGCCUUGGUGGAUCUGCAGCAGUCCUUUGUUUUGCAGUUUGAACUUCAGUAGUUCUCCUUUAAAGCUAACAAAUAAUUGUGGUUCUCAGUUGCUACUGUAUGCUUGCAGUCUUCAUCCACUCUGUAGUGUCUCCUAGAAGUGAUACAGCCAGGUCCUCUGACUAGGAGUCUCAUAUUGUACUUAAAUAACAGAGGAUGACUUGGUCUUACCCUCUAUGUGUAAGAUGAGUACAGCCUUCCAUCCAUUUCUCCUGCAGUGAGUCUGUGCAGCUGAUUUUCUCUCAAACAAUGAAAAAAGGAAACAAACCUGGAAAUGCCUCACUUUCCCUCUUGUCAUGGAAAUCUAAUGGUCAGCUAGAACCAUUUGUCCAGCUGAAGGUGGGUAUCUCUUGGAGACUCUGUCCACAGUUGUCCAAAAAUAGUGUGUGUAGUAUUUAGUGGUUAUAACAAUGACUCUGUUACAGUAAGAUGUAGUAAGACUGAGCUAGAUGUUGAUGGUGUAAGCACUCUACACUUGCACUAAUGCUUUUGGAGAUCUUAGCCUAAGAACUGGUACCAGGUAGUGGAAACUUGGUAAGAAAAAGAUGUAGUAAAUUUUGUCUUUUUUUAAAAAAAAAUCCCAAAAAUACACUUGUAACAAAGAAUCUUGAAAAGUGAAGUGGAUACAUUUAAUGUAGCAUGUCACGUAACUGAGAACAUUUUGCCUAAUUAUAUUACAUUUUUUUUAGAAACCAUCAAUCACAAUCUGCUUUCAUAAUCUGAUAAGGAGUGUUUUCGAAAGAAUCUGUAUUCCAAUAAGGGCCAGAGGUGGGAUAUGCUUCUGUUUUUUGUUGUUGUUUUGGGAUGAUUUUUUUUGUUUAAUAUAUUUUGAAAAGCUUUUAACUUUUUUUUGACAGCUGGAACCACGACUAGCUUUGGGAGGGUUCCUGUGAUUGACUUUUUUUUUAAUUUUGCAUUUUAGGGUGAAGAUUAAUGUACAUCAAUAACUAAUCUAGUUCUUCGUGGCAUCCAGUGAAGAGACAGAGAAAACUUGGCAUUGUAGUUCAAUUUGUUGCUUUCCAAGAAAUGAUGAUCUCCUUUAUUAGCUGUAAGAUUGCUGCUAAUAUAUAAGGAUCAAAUGUUUUGGGCUAGUCUAAAAGUGCAGAGAGAUCAAGAAAAGCUGAAAUAAGAUCCUUUUUUCUCAUUAUGCUUCAGUGUUACAGCAUGAGUGAUAGAGGAUCAGUUCACGUAGAAACCCCUGUUGUAGGUAAGGAAGAUAAAACACCAGCUUGUGACUUUCCUGAUGUUAGUGCCAUUGAGCAUUUACAGCGCCUCAGUUGACGAGGCAUUGGCACAGGCUGCUCAGAGAAGUUGUGGAUGCCCUGUCCCUGGAGGUGUUCAAGGCCAGCUUGGUUGGGGCUUUGGGCAACCUAUUCUAGUGGGAGGUGUCCCUGCCCAUGGCAGGGGGGUUGGAACUAGAUGUUCUUUAAGGCCCCUUCCAACCCAAAACAUUCUGUGAUUAAUUUCACUGUAAGUUACAUGCAUAGCUGAAUUUCUUGUACAAAUUUGUGCAUUUGUAUUAGAAAACAGAAGCUUCCAGUUUGCUGUAAAAUUUGCAGUAUCUCAUACUGAAUAGUGUGCCACUAGACUACGAUUGAUGCUGUAUUUAUGGAAUGUAUAGAUUUGUAUAUGUAGAUAUAUAGGAAUCUGUACUGUCAGUUAGAAAUUGCUUAAUGGAAUAGUUAUAUCAAGGCUGUUCCUUAGCUUAAUUGCUAUAUUAUUUAUAUCAUUGUUUGUGUUUUUCCUUACUCACUUUAAGUUGUAACUAGAAAAUGCUGUCAUUCAUCAGCUAAUGAUGUUCAGCAAUGCUUCAUUAAAACAAACCCAACAACUGGC